AUGGCACAAAGAAACUGCUGGCGCCGUUCCUGGCUCGGAGUGGGCGGCGGUUUGUGUCUGGGCGCACACGGCGCCGCGCGCGGGCCUCGGCAACUUUUUCACUUAACUGCAAAACAAAGCUCAGCGGCAAGCGAUGCUAAGUGCAGGCGCUGGAGAGCGGCGGGGCGCGGCGGCGGGGCGGGUGGCGUAUAUAACGGGCGCGGCGCGGCCGCAGGCAGCAGGCAGACAAGCGGCAUGGCACACAACGAACACCCCCACUACAAGUUUUUCGAGAGCAAGAAGGCGUCGCUGGUGAUGGCGCCGUUCAGCGGCGGGCAGGGCAAGUCGGGCGUGGAGGACGGCCCCAAGUACCUGCUGAAGCAGGGCCUGCGCGAGGGCGUGGAGGGCCUCGGGUGGGAGAUCGAGGUGCAGCGGCCGCUGGAUGGGCACGACUUCGAGGAGCGCAAGCAGCGCGCGACAGAGGUGGUCGGGCGCGCGAAAAACCCGACGUUGGUGGGCGAGGCGACGCACCUGAUCCACGACGCGGUGCGCGCGGCCGCGCACGCGGGGCGGCUGCCGGUGACGCUGGGCGGCGACCACUCGAUUGCCAUCGGCACGGUGUCCGGCGUGCUGGACCGGUACCCGGACGCGGGACUGCUGUGGGUGGAUGCGCACGCGGACAUUAACACGCUGGCGUCGACCGAGUCCGGCAACCUGCACGGGUGCCCGGUGUCGUUUCUGAUGGGCCUGGAGCGCGAGAGCUGGCCCGCGCCGCUGGCGUGGGUGCCGGGCACGCUGCGCCCGUCCAAGAUCGCGUACAUCGGCCUGCGCGACGUGGACCCCGAGGAAAAGGAGAUUCUGCGCCGCCUCGGCAUCACCGCCUUCUCCAUGUACCACGUGGACCGCUACGGCAUCAACAAGGUCGUGGAGAUGGCGCUGGCGGCCAUCAACCCGGACGGCACGGGGCCGGUCAUGGUGAGCUAUGACGUCGACGCGAUCGACCCCAUGUACGUGCCCGCCACCGGCACGCCCGUGCGCGGCGGCCUGACGCUGCGCGAGGGCCUGUUCAUUGUCGAGCGCGUGGCUGAGACGGGUAACCUGGUGGCGCUCGACGUGGUCGAGUGUAACCCGGAGCUAGCCGCCCACGACCUGCACGUGGUCGACACGGUCCAGACGGGCUGCUCCAUAGCGCGCUGCGCGCUCGGCGAGACUCUCCUUUAG